CUCUCUCUCUCUCUCUCUCUGUUUCUCUCUCUAUCUCUAUAACCUAUGCCCUCCCACCAAAUCCAAACCCUAACCCCCAAUCGUGGCCGGCGCUCUCCGCCUCCUCCCCUGCUGCAUCGCCAUUGAUCGGAGGCAAUUCUAGAUGUACAGAUCUCCAUACAUUCUCUCCCUCACCCUUCUCCUCUCCCUCUCCCUCCUCUUCUUCCUCGGCCCCCGCCUCCUCCGCCCAGUUCCCCCCCUCCCCAUCUCCCCCUCCGACGAGCUCGACGACCUCUCCCUCCUCCGCCGCGCCUCCUCCCCCUCCUCCCCCUCCCGCCUCUCCUCCGCCUCCCGCCGCCCCAAGAUCGCCUUCCUCUUCCUCACCAACACCCCCCUCCACUUCUCCCCCCUCUGGGACCGCUUCUUCUACGGCUCCCCCCGCCACCGCCGCCUCUUCAACGUCUACGUCCACGCCGACCCCUUCUCCAACGUCACCGCCCCCUCCGACGGCGUCUUCGCCGGCCGCUUCAUACCCGCCAAGCGCACCGCCCGCGCCUCCCCCACCCUCAUCUCCGCCACCCGCCGCCUCCUCGCCACCGCCAUCCUCGACGACCCUGCCAACACCUACUUCGCCCUCCUCUCCCAGCACUGUGUCCCGCUCCACUCCUUGGCCUACGUCUACCGUUCCCUCUUCGAAUCCCCCCGCUUCGACCUUACCGACCCCGAUGCCGCCCGCAGCCAUGGCGUCCCCCUCCGCUUCCGCAGCUACAUCGAGAUCCACUCCCGGUCGAAAAGCCUCUGGAAGCGGUACACGGCCCGGGGGCGGUAUGCCAUGCUCCCCGAGGUCCCGUUCGAACAGUUCCGGGUCGGAUCCCAGUUCUUCGUCCUCACACGCCGCCAUGCCCGUGCCGUCGUGAAGGACCGCAAGCUUUGGAGGAAGUUCCGGCUGCCCUGCUACCGGGAGGACGCGUGCUAUCCUGAGGAGCAUUACUUCCCGACCCUUCUGUCCAUGGAGGACCCGGGCGCUUGCACGCAUUACACGCUCACCCGGGUCAAUUGGACAGGCACGGUCAAUGGGCACCCCCACACGUACCGGCCCCCGGAGGUCUCCCCUGACCUGAUUCACCGGCUCCGCGCGUCGAAUUACUCGGACUCCUAUCUUUUCGCGAGGAAGUUCUCGCCGGAUUGCUUGGAGCCGUUGAUGAGCAUCGCCGACAAGGUCAUUUUCCGCGACUGACCUCUUUUGCUGCUCAGGUUGACAAAGAUGCACGGGUAGAGUUUUGUGCCUAAAGCCUGCGAGGAUGAUGUUGGAGACAAUGUGUGGGGAAAAUGGUUUGAAGCGGCGUCGACAUGCCCACGACCAAGAAAACCUGCGUGCUCCAGCUUGAGUUUCUUGCAUCAAAGAGAUGAAAAUGUCGAUUAUCGGAUUUAAGAUGUCCGAGCAGGUACUUCUAUUGUAGUUCAGAGAGUGCCAAAAAGAAACUUAUGUCGACAACGACGAUGAUAUGCAAGUAUUGUAAUUAGGCUCUUUAGAGGUAAAUUACCUCACUCUUUUUGUACAUAACCUAUGGGGAAGAAGAAUCCUCCUUGUACUCUCUAUUCAUUCAAGAGGGAGAGACGAGCAAGAAAAAUGGUGUAAUGGGAAUUUGAGAGAGAAAAAGUUUAAAAAAAAAAAAAAAAAACCGAUGGGCUUAGAGUGACAAACGGUGAAAAGGGCAACUCCGAA